AAUGUUUACAAAGUGCUUUAUCCGGUCGAUGCUAUCAGCUAGCAUGAGUGCUAAAGCCUUGUAACAUUUCUUUGUAAUUAGAACAAUUUAAGCCAAAAGUCACCGUCGGAAUGCUUUGACCGACAGCAUUAUGGCUAAUUAGCCUAAAUAUGUAUUUAUUUUAUUUGUUGUUGAAGUUAGCUGCCCAGCUCUUUGGAGAGAGCUGAAAUGGAAAAGCACAUAUUUGGCAGUUGGAUUUCGUUCAACAGGUGUUAGCUUUGGGAAAGCGAGUGAGUGUUUCUAAACGUCAUUUAAAAACGUUUAUAUGUGUUUGUAGGAUUCGUAUGUUUUAGUACGCUACGUUUGACCAGUACGUCAUUUAAGAAGUCUAAGAUCUAUUAUGACAUUCGGGCGCGUCCCUUUAAACCUCGGUUUGUUUUGCUUACAAAGAUUUUAUGUCGUUAGUAAACUUCCGGUUCAGAAGCAUUUUUAUACCAUUAACUGUAAAGUCAAAGCGUUUACGCCUAUUACACACAAGAUCGGAUUGCAGGUUAGAUCACAGUCCUGCGUCUGUUUACCAUCGGUGAUGCAAGCAGCCGGCAUCUCCUAUGGACCAGAGGCUAAUGUUGCCUCAGACGAUGAAGAUGAGGAUGAUGAAGCUUGUUUUGGUGGAGGUGGAGGUCGAGUUGGCCCGCAGAGCACAUCACAAGAGAUUAUUAAUGAAGGUCAGGUGGUUGCAGACAACAUGGAGGUCCCCACAGAAACUAGAGCCUCUACCGUCUCAUCAGCUCCUAUGGAGUCAAAUAAAAAAAUAUCAAGAAACAAGAUGAGAAAGGAGAAGAUGAAGUUAAAGAAGAAGAAGCUGAAGUCUGACGAGGCUUCUGCCGGUUUGAUGUCGGAGCUUCCUUUUGCACUAACCAGCCCCGCUGCCUGGAAAGAGCUAGGAUUUCCCAUCCCUGAAUCGUCAGCGAAAAAGAGGAAGCGGAAGCGGGGGGACAGCGGGGGCCGAGUGGACAGCGAGGAGGAUGGAGACCAGAAGAAGAAAAAGAAAGAGAGCCAGCGACCAAACUACUUUGUGUCCAUCCCCAUCACUAACAUCCAGAUAAAGUCUGCUGUGACUGAAAUCCAGGAAGCCAUUCUCCUGAAGGAGCCCCGACUGGCUAAAGCCAUGAUCCCCGUCCCAGCUCUUCACAUCACGCUGCUCGUCACGCACCUCGCCAGUCAGGAGCAAGUAGAUCUGGCUGGAGCUGUGCUGGCUCAGGCGGAGCCGACAGUGGCUGAGCUGCUGAGUGGGCGGGACCUGGUCCUGCCCUUCUCAGGAAUCGGUGACUUCAGGAAGGAGGUGGUGUUUGUUGGACUGACCAGCGGACUCCACAGACACACACUGGACAGCCUGGCAGAGUUGUUACGUUGCCGUUUCGAGGAACAGGGGCUUCUGCAGGGAGACGGUCGAGGCUUCGAACCCCACCUCACCAUCAUGAAGCUGUCUAGAGCAUCGAAACUACGAUCUCAGGGUAUAAAGCGUGUGGGCCCAGCCCUCUACUCCGAAUACACAGACAAAUUUUUUGGAAAUCAGAUGGUGGAGCGGGUGGAUUUGUGUUCAAUGCUGAAAAAGAAGCAGCAGGAUGGAUACUAUCACACAGAGACCUCACUACAACUUGAUUUGAGUCAAACUACAAUCCAUGCCAAGCGCUCAAGUGGGCGGCGUCGUUCUGAGCCGGACGAGGCGGAGCUCCUGAGGGUCAGCAAGCGAUUGGUUGAGGAUGCUGUCAAUCGUGCCUUGCAACAAUAUAAACAGGAAACCCUUCAAAACGGGGGCGGACCUAAUGUGGCAGCAGUUCAGCCACCUGGGAGCACCGAGGAAACUCCUACAAAGACGGACACUACAGCUAACUCGUCCACAGACAACAGGAAGUGACAUCCUCAGAUGGAGACAACACAGACUGGAAAAACCCAGAAAGCAUUCGCCAGGCGUGGCGGGCCAAGAGAGAAGUCAGUAAGACCUGCGCUCAGAGCCCGAACCAGCCAACCGGUGGGCACACAUGCUCACCAGUUAACCCUGCUACACCAAACCAAUACCAAACCUCUUCAGGCUGGCGAUUGUUCCACCUGAGCUCACUGCACACAGUCAAAUGGACAAUGUAGCUUUAGUCCAACACCAGGCCGCUGACUGCUGUCCAACAUCUAACACCAACAAUACAACAGGUUUUACUGCCCUUUCUGAAUUAAGAUUCUAUUUUGUAGAAAUGUUAGUUUAACAUCACCUGCAUUUGAAACAGAGUCGAUGAAAUCCUUAAAGAGUGUCAGGUGAGGAAAGCAUUUAAUGUUUUUGUUUUCUGAAAUGAUGCGUACCAUCAUCACUGAUAUAUUCAAGGCCUGAGGUGGACCGAUUCUUUCAAAUUUGGAGUGAAACGUGGUUCAGGAUGUUGGUUUUUGUUAGUCAGUUGUCUUAAACUUCCAGCCAUUCAUCACCCAUAUCAGAUACCUCCCUCAGCUGGGCGUUAAGUGUUGCAUCAUCUAAGUUCAGCCCUGUAAGACAAUCACGAGUCAGCAUUAAAAUCCCAGCAAUCUAAGUGAUACCAGCUUUUAAACCUGAACUGGACUUUAGCUUAAGAAUUAUUUAGCUGUGUUGAAAACACUAACCUAACUCAAGUUGACAGGGAUCCGUUAGCAAACAUAGUUACACAAUAGGUCGCCAAUUGUAAUGUAAUCAGUGCCAAAAGCGACACCUUCCUGUCUCUUGAAUCACCUUUUAAGGUUCUUUGUUAUGUUUUUGCAGUGAAAUGAAUUUUGAAGACCAGAUCAUGUUAUCUGUCAUUUACAUUUUAGAUUUAUUUGAGAGUAUUUUUUUUUUUUGUAACUGAUCAAAGAAGUUUUGUUCUAUAGUACUGUAGAAAUAGUUGAAGCUUGGGAGGUAAAUUCAGACGUUUGCUGCACUAAAAUGUAUGGAAGAGGAUUAGGGCCACUGAAAAGAAAAGAAAGUGAAUUCUGACUUUGAUCUCAUAAUUCUUGUGAUCCUGAGAAAAAAAAAGUCAGAAUUCGAGAAUUUUUUUUAAGUCAGAAUUCUCUUUUCUUUUCUUUUUUUCUGUGGCCCUAAUCCUCUUCCGUAAAAUUAAAAACCCAGAUCGAACCUAAAGUUUUUCUUUUUGCUGUUUGUGGCUCUACAGCUUUCUUACAAGUAUGAAAAAACAUAAGCCUCUUGAAGGUGAGGUUCAUGACUGAAUUUGUUCAUAUAGGCAAAACAGUGAUAAUUUUAUUAUUUUUACCUGUUUGUUUGCUUUUCUGUUAAAGCUGAACCAAUUUUGUCAGUAAAGUAUGAUUUAAUGUGGGGAAAUUAUUUGAUUUUUAAAACCAGAGGAAACAGUUUUUGCUUGUGAAAAUCUUAGAAGCACAACAAUUUAAAUGAAUUUUUUAAAUGUUUUGAUCUCAGACUUCCAAAUAGAUGCUGUUAAAUCAGAUCACUUGUUCUGAAAGUGGCCUGUCACUUUAACACGUGUGUGAUUCUUGUUUUUUUGUGACGAAGCACGGAAGGACAUACUGGGAUUUGCCACAGUCUCCAAAAUGUCAGCCUGUGGCUCAGGUUUUGAGAUUAAGUAAAUUGUUUAAAUCAUGUCCGCCAUCAAGCAGAACAUGCCUCACGUCUGAUUUAAGGAGUAUUUCUUUGAUCUUUUUCACUAAAGCGCUGUCACUGUGGCUGAUUGAAACAGCAGUGGAUUCUGACUUAAGGUGGACUUUGAAGACUUUUGAUGUUUUAUUGUCACCAGAUCCUUAAUCUCCAUGAAAAAUCCCCUUUAAUACUGCUGGCCUGUUCAUGCCUCUCAGAACACUCCUGUGUGUGUGUGUGUGUGUGUGUGUGUGUGUGUGUGUGUGUGUGUGUGUGUGUGUGUGUGUGUGUGUGUGUGUGUGUGUGUGUGUGUGUGUGUGUGUGUGUGUGUGUGUGUGUGUGUGUGUGUUCAAUCCUGUCUGCAUAAAUCGGAACACUUAGUCUGCGUGUGCAAAUGACUGUCCAAAUAAGCCUCUGUUGUUUGUCUUUCCAUGUGUCCACAUGUAUGUUGAGCGGCGUGGCUGUGAUCUUUGUACCGUGUGUGUUUGUGUAUCUUGUUCUGCCAUGUUUGAACAAUAAAACAAUAUGAGAUACUAAAACAGCGA